CCAUCACAAAAGAGAUAGUCCGAGAGUUUACAACUCCGUACAUUACGUAAUUAGGCACAAAACUUGAAUUUGUUUUUCUUUUUCUAAAAGAAUUUCCUAAAUUUUUCAUCCAAUAACCCAAUUUUACAUUGACGGCGACGGUGGCUCCGUUGUCCAAAUUGCAGAGCAGGUUUCUGGGUUGUGGAGCUCACAAAGCUCUACCAAAUGGCGGUUUGCUCAAUUAAGAUCCUCCUCUAUCUCUUUCCCGCCUUCGUCUUACCUUUUUUUGCCGUGUGCGAGAUCGUCUCGCCUGGUCAAUCAGGCAACGAUGUGUUGAUCGACGAAUUACUGGGAAUCAAGCUCAGGAUCUCUCACUUAGAAUCGGUUCUGGAGGAAAGCAAGCAAAAUUUAACUGAGAAGACUAAUGAACUCAAGGCGCAGGAAAAGCUAAUUGAGGAUAUGUCACUUAAGAUUCAGUACUUGGAGUCUGCUAUAUCUGAUAUGAAGAGGAAAAUUUCAAGUGAUGAUGAAAGGAUUGCUGUUCUGGAGGAUGAGGUACGACAUCUCUGGGAUGCAAAAAGAAAGAAUAACUUUGACAUUCAUCUUUUGAAAGCCAAGGUAGAGGAAGCUGAGGAAAAACUAGAAGAGGUUACCUCGCAAGUUGAGAAGAAGUCUAGCAUCAUAUCCGAACAGUGGAUUCAAAUUCGGCACCUAGAGCAGGCUCUUGAAAUGUCCAAAAUACAAGCUUUGAAGGUCCGCCAGCAAGUUGCUCUAACCAGAUGCACUUUUGUGAAGUUGGUGAACACGCGUUUUGUCAAUCAACUUCAGCAUGCCUUUCAGACAUUGAACCAUCAUCUUUUCCAGAAAGUGCCUACCUUGAGUUCCAGGGUUACAGGAGCCAUCCACUACUUCCAAAGAGUCUAUGAAGAAGCCAAAAAGUAUCACCACGAGUUGCAAAGACUGAUUAAACAAGAAAUGGAAAGAAAUGAAUAUGCAGCACAUCUUGCCAACCCGGAAUUCAUUUUCUUUUUGGCGUCUGCUCUUGCUACCUUCCCAAUUUUUGGUGCUUGGAUGUUCCUCUCUUCAUGGUUUUCCAGGUAAAGGGUCAUCCUUGCAACAAGAGGGCAAUGCUAUACUCGAGCACCUGUUUUUCCCGACGAUCCUGACACUUCUCAUUGUUUUGUUUAGCCAGGAGAUAAAUUAUCCAAUAUAAGUUUUGAAUUCGUUAGACAUGGUAGUAACCUUUUGCUUUCAAGUGAAAUAUUUAUAUUUUGUGUACAAGUUUGAGAUGUUUGUUUUACAACACUUCAAAAUUUUACAUCAAAAUGAAAAUGCUGAAUUACACAA